AUGGGGAAAGCAAUAUUAAAUCAAGAAGAUAAUUCUUUAAAUGAAGAGGCUUAUAACUCUUAUGGACCUGUGUUUUUGAGUCUCACAUUUGCCUUUGGAUAUCUCUAUUCUUUUAUAGGUUUCUCAUCAGCUAUUAGUCAUGUUAUGUUAUUUUAUGGAAAUGAGAUUUGGAGUAGGUUCAGGGCUAGUAGGCAUGAGGGUGAUGAUAUUCAUUAUAGAAUGUUGAAGAGGUAUGAAGAUAUACCAAAUUUAUGGUAUGCUUCUAUAUUUGUAACGAUGUUGUCAAUUGCAAUCACGCUUUGUUACGUGUCUGGAUCAGAUUUGCCGUGGUGGGGACUGUUAUUAGCUGUAGCCCUUGCUUGUGUUAUAGUACUACCAAUAGGAGUAAUUCAGGCAAUAUCAAAUAAUCAAGUUGGUCUUAAUGUUAUAUCUGAAAUGAUUUGCGGUAUGGUGGUAAUCAGUACUAUUGUUUAA